AUGUUUCUUAGAACCUCCCUUGUGGCCUUGAUGGCCCUGUUUGGAGAGUCAUCGGCAGAAUGGCUGAGUCCCGAGUAUACUUGGUUUUUCCAAUUUCCUCUUCCGAUUCCGCCGGUUAAACAGCCCAAGUUCUCCGUGGUGAACCCGGUUACCAAGAAGCUCAUCGACUACUACGAACUCGAAGUCACGCCGUUUACGCAGAGGAUCUAUCCUGACAGGGGGUUGACCUCACUCAUUGGAUACGAUGGAAUGUCUCCUGGGCCUACCUUCAUCGGAACUAGAGGCCGCGAGACAGUCGUUAGGAUGGUCAACAAAGGUGUCACGCCAAGUGCGAUGCAUCUGCAUGGAUCAUAUACGCGGUCACCCUGGGAUGGCUGGGCCGAUGAUACCAUCCUACCGGGACAGUACAAGGACUACUAUUACCCCAACAGCCAGAACGGUCGUUUCCUAUGGUACCAUGAUCACGCGGUAGACACUACGGCUGUGAACGACUACUUUGGCCAGUCUGGAGCUUGGAUCAUUCGUGAUCCAGCCGAUGAUUCUUUGGGUCUUCCGAGGGAGUACGGGGUCAAUGACAUUCCGCUCAUCAUAUCGUCCAAGCAAUACAACGAAGACGGCAGUUUGUUUUCCCCGGCUGGAGAAACAGAGGGCUUAUUGGGAGAUGUCAUUCACGUCAACGGCCAGCCGUGGCCGUUUCUUGCCGUCGAACCCCGCAAGUACCGGCUUCGCUUCCUGAAUGCUGCGAUUUCACGAGCAUUCGUCCUCUCCUUCAAGCGCCAAGACCAGGAAGAGUACGAACCGAUUCCGUUCCAAGUUAUUGCUUCAGACUCUGGGCUCCUCACCAACCCCGUCACCUCGCCUUUCCUCGCAGCUGCCAUGGCUGAACGUUGGGAAGUCAUCUUCGACUUUACUCCCUUCGCCGGACAGAAGAUCGACCUGGUGACAGCCCAAGAGCCCAGCGAAUCGCGGGAAAAGCACAAGGGCAAAGGACGGGAAUACUUGGAGCCGGUCAUGCGUUUCGUCGUCAGCCCGACGCCGGUCGUCGACACCACCGUCAUCCCCGCUGCGCUGCGCAACGUGCCGUUCCCACCGCCUCUCGGCGACAUCGUCGAUCGCCGUUUCAACUUCCAUCGCGAAGACGACUUGUGGAAAAUCAACGAUGUGGUCUUCAACGACGCGCAGAAUCGCAUUUUGGCCAACGUUCCCCGCGGCACCGUUGAGGUCUGGGAAAUUGAGAACGGCGGCGGCGGCUCGUUCCAUCCGGUUCAUGUCCACAUGGUCGACUUCCGCAUCAUUGGCCGCUACAGCAACAGCAAAUGGGGAAGCGAUCGCGACGUCCUUCCAUACGAAGCGGCUGGGCUGAAAGAUGUUGUGUGGCUUGGUGAGGACGAGAUCGUCCGUGUUGAGGCGCACUACGCUCCCUGGGACGGCAUCUACAUGUUCCACUGCCACAACCUCAUUCACGAAGAUCACCAAAUGAUGGCAGCGUUUGACGUCACUAACCUCAAGGAUCUCGGAUACAAUGAGACGGCAUUCAACGAUCCAAUGGAGGGCAGGUGGAGAGCUGUGCCUGUCAACAAGGCCGACUUCACCAAGGAGGCUAUUACGAAGAAGAUUACCUUCAUGGCCUCCUUGCAGCCAUACAACAAUCUCGAUGUUGUUACGCAAAAGCUCGAUCAAUACUGGGCUGCCCGCGGCGGACUUCACCAGAACCGACCUGACUUCGACCAGGAUUCGGCUAAGAAGAACGGAGCCAAGAAGAAGAGCAGCGGAGUCAAGAUGAGGCGCGUCACAAGAGCUGAGUUUGCUGCGGAUGAAUAG